AUGGAGAUCGACCUAAAUAUUGCAGAUAUUGAGGCUUCUAAAGAUACAUAUGACUUCCUGUUAUUGGCAUAUGAUGAUAAAGAAGUGAUGGUUGAGAGGAGCAUAACGAUAGUUUUCAAGAGGUUUCACGAUACGAUAAUCGGUGAAAGUAGGAUUAUGUUGAUGAAGAAAUCGUUUCCAUGGGAUGUUUGCAACGGAGUUGUUUUACUGAGCAACUCUUUUCUGAGGCAUGGCGAGGAGGGAUGCGAGUAUACAUCAGAGAUAUUGCAUGGAAAAUACCAUGACAAGGUAAAUAGUUAUGAUGUGUAUAAAAGAGAGGUUGUUGGUGCAGUAAGGUAUUGGUUUUCGAGACGGAUAUGUGAAAGCAACGAGUUGAGCAGCGGGACAAGUGACGAAGGAUUUGUUAAGAAGAUGUUUGAGUAUUUCAUGAGUGAUGACAAAGCAGGAGCAAUUAUUAGCAUUAAGAAGCUGAUGGACUAUAUCAACAGCGGAAGCAAUAGCUGCAAGAUAAGUAUCUUUUUUGGAGGGAUCCUUGUUGAAAAAUCGAUGUCAGAUAUGAAUGCAAGGUUCACAAGGAAUGUUGAUUUGGUUCUUGAGAAGAGUGAGGAGAAUCUUCCAAAGAUGUUUGAGUCUUUCUAUAUUGAUGAAGUGGGCAAUUUACCUGAUGAGUAUGGAAAUAAAUGCAGAAGAAACCCACUGUUCAAAAUAAGUAUGAAUGAGUACGAUAGACAUCGAGAGGAUAGACCGAUGUGUAUGUCGAAUAUCCUUUCUAGUGAUGGAUACAUAGUAUGUGAUAUGGAUAUCCUGCGUGGAAUCAAAAGACUGUUAUAUUUUACAGUGUGCUCUUAUGCAAUUAGUUGGCCUGGGAUGUUCUUGAAACCUCAGGCACAGGUUGAUAAUAAUAUACAAGUAGACCGAAGAGCUGUGCUGAGGAUUCUUGGGAUAGAUGACUCUGACCUAAUGAAGGUAUGCUUGGAUGUAUCUGAGGUGGUGCAGCAUGUUGUAUUCUAUGAUAGAGAGCAUAUGAGAAUGGUAAUCUCAUUCAAAGGGACUACGAACUCUGAGGAUGCAAUAGAAGACAUAAACUGUGAAUACACGAGAUUUAGUAAUGGAUUUGCACACAAUGGAUUUUUAAGGCUUUCGAUGCUAUUUAUCAAUAGUCACAUUGAUGCAAUCAAGCAGAUGCUGGAAGCGAUGAAUUGUAAUAGACUUUUAUUAUCUGGACAUUCGCUUGGUGGAGCGAUUGCAGUGAUGACUAAAAUAAUUGUAGAGGAGAAGAAAUUACUAUCUGGAGUGAAUGUGGAGGCAAUGGGGUUUUCAGCACCACCGGUUGUGUCUGAGGAGAUAGCAAGCAGAUACACGGAUGGGAUUGCGGUGAUAAACUAUGGAAAUGAUAUUAUUCCGAGGAUGAGCUUUGGAAGCAUUCUUGACCUGAAGUUUCUGUGUUGCUCAAUAGGCAAGAGGUAUGGGCCGUUUGACUUUGGUAAAAGCAUUGAGAAGGAUAUUGAUGCAGUGGCUGAGCACCUUGGAACAACAAGGAUGCACCCGAAGCUGUACUUUGCAGGAGAGAUUGUGCAUUUGAAGAGGAUCAGAUGCUCACUUGAUGAGAAUGAAAGCCCGAUUGUUGUGUUUAAGAAGGUGAGUAUGAGUUUCUUUGAGAGCAUUGUGUUGAUAAAGCAUGCACCGAAGCACCACAUGGUAAGCCAUAUUGAGAGUGUGAUUGAUGAAGGAAUCGAGGUUCUUGAAAGGAAGCAUGACGCAUGA